AUGCGGCAAGGAUUCAAGGAUUAUCUAUAUGUCCGUAACACAAGUCCCUUGAUAUUCGGACUUCACAGGGGCUCACCUGACAAAGACUCUGCACGAAAAUUUCGAAAAGACUGCUUGAUCAAGGUUGGAAAGCUCUAUGUUGGACAAGGACGGAAGAGCGACUUUCAGAAAGCUGUGGCAAUUCUUCUAGGUGAUGCUAUGGGCCAUUAUGGACUGGAAAAGGCUUUCCACAGACUGGGCAAAUUUUCUGUCCUGAAUAGCCAGGAUUGUCGUCUAUUCGGUAUGGUCGAUUCUCAACUUGAGUUUUCUCAAAGUUUUUGGGUGGGACAUCGCGACAUCCUCGGUUGGACUCCGCGACAUUAUAAUGCGGCAAGGUAUUUUGAGCAUUUUUCGCAGACAAAGAAAGAGCAGAAAGAGAUUGACUACAAACUCGUCGAUCUGGCAAAUCGGACCCCAUUUCACUAUAUCAAGUCUCCAAACUGUUCUGCGGAUUUUAGAAUACUCACCACCUGGGAAGAAGAUCUUCCUGAAGUAAAAUUUGAUAGGGACGGCAUACCGUGGAUACACUGGGCUUUGGUUCGAUAUGGGGACCGCGCCGUCUUAUCGAACUCAUAUCCCAAACAUACGGUCAUCAAUUUUGACCUUGUUGAUAACUUUGGUCGGGACUGUUUACACUUUGCCAUUCAUAUGAAGCAGAAACCCUUGGCAUUGUAUCUUCUAAGCCACAAUAACUGCCGUAUGGGAGCAAAAGCUAAAUAUGGGAUGACAGUACUCAUGUAUGCGUGUUUAUCUGCCAUCGAUGAUCGUUCAAUGUUGGAAGUGGUGCAUUCAUUGCUUGACAAAGGGGUCAGUGUGGAUGAGUCAGAUGUUUGGCAUAGAACUGCUCUUGCUUAUGCAGCUUCUGUGAUGCCUGAUGGAACUUUCGAUAGUCUGAGAGGAUUAGUACAACAAACACAAAAUGAAGGGGAGGAAGUCAAUCGGCCUGCACAUGUCCGGAUGAAGCCCCCCUUCAUCAAUGCACUGAAAGUUGCCAAGAUUUUGGUCAAGCAUGGAGCGAAGGUUGAAAGCAAUCUGGAAUUCCAGAAGUCUCCUCUCAAGAUGGCGAGGGAUCGUGGUAAUGGAAAAAGUCAGCAAAUGAUAGAGCUCCUCGAGAAAGCUCUAGAGAAAGAGAAACUCAUAUUGGCAGAGACGAGAGAGAGGGAGGAACAGGGCAAGAUCACUCAUUGGUAUAAGCCUCGUGUAGUGGACCCGUCUGAAGAUCGUUCUCAUGACAGCUCGAGCUCUGGUGAUCAUGAGGAGUAUAGCUUGUCUGGUUUAUGCACAGAAGAGCUUCCCGUUUGA